AUGGAGGUGAUGAGACAGAAGCUGACCCCUGUGACUCUGGACCCCUGCAACUGUGGACCCUUGUGGCCGCGCCCCUGUGGAGGCCCCUGCGGAGGCCCCUGCGGAGGCCCCUGCGUCACAUCAGGCAGCGCAGAGGUCCUCAUGUUCAUUUACCGCUGCACACUCGACCUCAGACCUCUGCGACAACCCACUCGCUGUCCCUCCUUCUCUCGCCACUCCACGGAGCGUCAGCGGAUCCUCUCAGCGCGCACUUGA